UGUACUUAUCUGUGCUGCUACAGGCUGCAGCUCAUUUGAAGAAGUUCACAACAGAGGGCAAAGGAAUGCACAGUACAGAACUUCAUGUCCAAACCCACUUUCACCAACAGCAGCGGCAUGGCCUUGGAGCAGCCACGCGGGGCCUUGGGAAAGGUCUACACUGUUUUUGCAACCAAGCUCAAGUCCUUCACCUUUCUGCCAAUUCUGAAAAAACUGCCUAAAGAGAGCAGAUUUAAAUCCACGUUGGAAAAGAAGUCAGAAAGACAGAAGGCCUUAGGAGACCCUGAGGUAUCUGAAGACAACAUGACAGAUGAAGAUGUUUACAAGGCAGAGAUUGUAUACGUUACAGACACUGAGGAUACAGAGCCCAGAGAGAUGGUAAAGUACUCUAAAACUCAGCUUAAAUGUACUGAUAAUUCAGCUUUUAGCUCAUCCCCCUCUCCAGCCACGGCUAAUGUUGAAAUAACUUGCCCAAGCUCCAGGCCUGGUCCGAUGACCAUGGAGCCAAAUGAUAAACAGCCAACCGUCUCUCAAAAAGGGUGUCGCAACACAGUUGAGAGUGCUGAGGUCAGCCCGGAGCUGUUUUUAAACCAUUUGUCCCAGAGAGAAGAGGAGGUCCUGAGCCCCGCCAGCUCUGUGGACCUUUUCCCAUCUAUCGCAUCGUCUAAGGAGUCCAUCCUCUAUGAUUGCUGGGAGCAGGAAAGAAGCUGGUCUGCCCUCCCAAUGUUUUCCCCUGGUGGUUCUCCACUUUCCUUCAGCCGGACUGUCUCCCCGUGCUCCUCCGUGAGGUCAGGAGCAUUUACGCCAUCAGUGCUGAGAAUCAAGCGCCACACACUUGCCCCGGGAUCCAGCCUGGUACAGAUGCCACACUCCUCUGGACAGGCAGUCUGUUGUGACAGCCAAGCUCCUUCACCGUGUCCUCUGUCACCACGUGCCCGCCACAGGCCCCCGCCCACCCAACUAUCCUUGUUGACGGCCAUUCUGAGGAAGGGCCGCCUGCCGAUUCUAUCCUCUGCUUUACAGAGACCCUACUCUCCCUGCUGGCCCAUCAGCCCAGCAAGCAUGUCCUCCUGUACGGCCUGCACGGCAGCCUCUAACAUAACCCCUGUGGAGGCUAAAAAAACCUGUGCCAGUGAUGUUAUGGCUUUUAUGGAGCCCAGUGAAAAGGCAAGACCUAUGCCUCCAAGUUUAAUCAACAACAGCACUCUUUCUAUGUCAUUCAAGGAACCUAAAGUUAGCACUGCUUCACUACCACUAAGAACACCUGACACAUUUCAUUCACAAUUCAGUUCUGAAUUCAGUGCAGUUGUUCCAUCGCCCAUAUACAACAAUUCACAGACCCUGCCACGUUCCCCUCCUUCAGAACCUGCUCUUGGAUGCCAAUCCAAGUCGGGUUGGACAGGAAACCAUGAGCCCACACUCUCUAGCCCCUUGCCCUUUUCAUCUUUUUCCACAUCAAGGCCCAUGUCUCCUAAAUUACACCACGUGUCCUGCUGCAGUUCUGAGAAUUGCAGUAGCCUCUCAAAAGUGGCAUGUGUUUUAUCUGCAGAGCAUUCAGAACAAUCUCACAGAAUUCUGGAGUUUCCCCGACAAGGACACGGACAUAAAUCAAUGGACCCCUUUCUUAUUCCGAAGAAUGCAGAACUAUCAUUGGAUGUAAAAGACAGACAGAUGCAAUGUGAUCCUUCGACCAUGCCCGACCUCAAACCUGCUCAACAAUCCAAAGACGUCUUAGCUUCAACUGUCCUAAAAGAAGCAAAUUUUCACUUUCAAAAUGUAAAAAAGGACAAUCUAGAGCGAGUUCUCUUAGCGUCCCCGGCUUUAAAACUGUCUCCUUCUUCCAGGCCACUGGGCCUCACACGCCUUUCUGACACUCCAGAUUUUUCUCCUGCCUCACCCAGAUCGAGCUCGCGCUCCCCCACUCCAGACUCGUACACCCUGUCUCCCUCUCCGGCGUUCCCCAGCCGCCAGCUCUCCCCUUCUCCAUCCUACUCCCUCUGUUCCUCACCUUCCCCAUGCCAGGACAAGAAGCCAUACAAGAUUAAGUCCACCUACAAGGCACUGGCUGCUAUUCCCACAAAUACACUCCUUUUGGAACAGCAGGCAAUUAAUGAUGACGUUGAGAAGAAUGAGGCUAUUAUGGACCCUACUGACAACUUUGCAUGGGAGGACCCUCAUUCUCAGAUGUGCACCCCUGCCCAGCUCAGACAGCAGUCUGCAGAACUUUAUGCAGCAAUUGAUGAAGCAUUAGAGGAUACAAACCUAACACAUAAAUCAAACCCUGCGAACAAUCUUGCUGUGACGUCUGCUGCUUCAGAAACACCAAGGAAAUCAGCAUCAUCUCCACUGCCACAGUGUUUAGGACGAGAAACAAAAUAUGCCAACUUUCAUCUUCAAGUUCCUGGACCCGCUGAGAGAGCGAUGACAAAGCCCGGAGUCAUAAGACCCCUCAUUGUUACAAGACUGGAUGAUGUGAAAGAUGAAGAAUAUGUUCCAAAUCCUUUCCAAAGAUACCAAGACACACUGUCAAAUCGUCACAAGUACAAGUUUGCCAGCGGUGUGUUGUCCGCUGUGGAUGAAGAGGACAGAAGAGGAACGUGGGAAAGAGAGAUGCUCUCCUCUGAAGAACAGAGGCGUUCUGUACCGAGCCCAGCGCGGCCGACUGCUCAGCCUCUCACUGCAGAAGGAGCUCCAGCACUGAUAGGUGUCUCUCUACAAGGUGUUCCAUCCUCUUUAAAGCCGGUCCAGGUGAAAAUGGAAACCCCAGAGACUCCUAUUUAAGUGUUCACACCGAGCAGAAGAGACGGUAGUGGGUGCGGGGGGCUGCUGUGGCAGGAAUCUAACAAGGUGACCUCUAACAUUCAUAAAGUGAGUAUAUAGAAAUGUUCACAGGGCAGAAACAUUCAGCAUCAGUGAAAAUACAAUACAAAAUAUAUUUAAUUUUCCCAAUUCCUACAGAUCAUAACAAAUAUGUUUUUUUCCCUGAGAUUGUUUUAAACUGUCUUUUUAAAUGUAACCUUUUUUUUGAUCCAGUAACAUAAUACAAAGAUAUGAUAAAUCCUGAACAUCUGGGGUUACACAUAGCAUACCCUUCCCCUUUACUCUACUAUCCUACUCACUCACUAUUAAUUACAUAAUGCUAGUAACCUCCUCCACCUAACUGCUAGGUUGAUGUGGCAGUUUAUGAUCUGAUCUGCAACAUUUGACACAAACACAAAACACAUAACUUUCCAUUACAAAUACACUAAUUAUCCACUACACCCCAAUCACUUCACAAGGCCUACAACACCUCCAGAAGGCUCAGCAGUAAAUUCUGGCGUACCAGACUCACUUCCCUCCAAGUUUCUGCAGAGUUGCAAAAUUUAGAUUAUCAUUGAUCUUUUCCAGUAGCCACCAGGAACACUGAAGUCUAGUUGUCAGUGUUGUCAUAUUAUCCAUCUAUGGCCUAAUUGGUGGGAGCUGAGUGCCGUCAUGCAACCUCUCCCUGCUUACAACCUACUUAGAAGCCCUAAUACAUCACCUCCAUCACCAUUGUAAAUGCUAGCGGUGGAAUUGUACACCCUGACAUUAUGCCCAUUUCCAGCCUUUGCCAGGCCAUGACAUACCUCCCUGCAUUAAAACAGAACUGAAUAUUCUCAGAAAUAAGCUUUAACUAGCCUUCCUAAAAAAUCCUAAAAAAAAGUAAAUGCUUUCCAUAACAAUGCAUGUGGUACAGAACCAAAAGCAUUAGCUAAGUCUAAGAAUUCCACAUGGAUGUCUCCAUUUUUUACUUUGUCCCCUGAAUCUGAUGCCAAAUCAUACUACUACAUUCUAACCAACCUGCAAAACCUGAAAUCCCCACCUUUUGCAAUGAUGUAUCAAUCAGUUUAUUUGCAUGCUGAGUAAGUAUACUGCAAAUUACCAUGUGACCACACUAAAGAAAAUCUUAACAUCCACAUUCAGCAGCAAGUACAGAACUGAUCAAUGCCCACACAAACCUUUCUACUUUUAUAUAAGGACACCCCCUGCCCUUUGCCAUCCGUUUGGAACAGCCCCCUUCUUUUACACUAUACUCAUACUGGUGCACUUUUAUACAGUCUAUAUGGCACUCCAUUAAGCCCUGGUCCUAAUUGCUUCAUGUGCUCUCUAGUAUGAAGUAAUGCCCUGUGAGACAAUUUUUGUGAAAAAAGUGCUUUAUUAGUUUGGUGCGGGAGUGGGCAGGGAAGAAUGAUAGGAUUCCAGCUUUUAUUCAUCGCAUGCAAACGCCUCACCUCUAAUUGGCAUCAGUCAGUCAGUAACAGCUCUGCAGUGGGAUGUUGCAAGCCAAGGUGCAGGUAAUCGGGGUGAAAGAACAGUUUCUCGUGCAGUUUCCAUAUGCAACUCGGUGUGACCUAUUGUAUUUUAAAAAAAUAAACUGUUGGCUGGGUGUAAGCAAUGAGCCUCACAGCACGCCAUGUGCAGGGUGUAAGAUAGGGCCAACCAACUUUUCUGCAUUUUGAAAUGUGAGACAUUCUUUUUUUCGCUUGCCAAGUUCAGAAAAUUAUUCAAUUUAUGAUUUAUUUGUAUUGUGCUUUUUAGGAAAGUUUAAAUUACAUUAGAGGCUUGGAUUGUAAAGUUCUGAUUUAUGUGAACGGUUAUUUUUCAGGGAACUUUUCAAUUCUUGUAAUAUUACAUUACAUUUGGCAGAUGCUAUUGUCCAAAGUGACUUACAAAAAUGAUGUAAAUAGAGUAAUAGAAAAACACCAAAAAAACAUUAAUAAAUAAGUAAUAAAUGAGCGUAGGGUUCCUUUAUGACUAAUUAGAAUCUGUAACACUGAAAGUGAAAUUUGAGUAGUGAAUUGAUAAUGAUCUGAGUAGAAAUGUUGUGGGCGUUUAAGGAAAGCUCAAUCGACAACUUACUAAUGAAAAAGAAAUGAUCAGCCUUCUGUGAGCAAUAGGUAUUUCUACUUGAGCUACAGAAGCGUUAAAGUAAUUUUGUUUUAUGUUAGUGUGAAUUGUUUCUGUGUAUCCCAGCUUAACAAAGAUGACUGGCAGAUCUCAAGCCUAUUAAGCAGACUAAGUUUUGUUCUUUGAAGCUGAAUUACUGGGCCCGUUGUGUGUUCUGUGGGAGUAAAGCUGACAGAAUAUAUAAGCUGCUUAGUUUUUGAGCAGUUUGUAGCUAAUAGACUCCCCUAGCAUUGCUAUGCUGAAAAAGUCUUGAGAGGUUUAGCCGCUGUGCACCUGCUCACUCGAAUUAAGAACCUAUGCUUCACAGCGGAGAGCAAAACGAACCAGAAAGCCCUGAUAUUUAAAGCACCUGUAGAUUAGGAGAUCUAUGGUUCAGUAAAGCAAUCUUUCUAAUUGCACAGCAAUAGCAAGGCAAACCAUAUUUUACAGGAAAAUAAGGUGCGUGUGCCGGUUGCCAAUGCAGGUGCCACAAAAGGCUUCUUUGGAGACAUGCCAUGGCUGAACCUUAGUUAUAAAGCGGUUUUAAUCUAUUUAGACUGCUGGAAAGGCAUUAAGAGGGCUAGAACAAAUAAAAAGGACCUCCCUAAUGCAACUUUCACAGGUUUCAUUUAGUGCUUAUGAGUUAUUAAAUAAGUUCUGUAUAAGUCAAGUUGCCCAGUUGGCUUUGAGUUUGAGUUUUCCUCCAUGUUGCUUCAAUGCCGCAGAGCGGACGUGGCGGUGUCACAUGACUACACAUGAAGAGAAAUGUUUUUAAAGACACACUACAUUAACAAACUGUUAAUUUGUUAAUAGACUAAAAGUGUGUUUAAAGUACUAAAAAAUAUCAUAACAGACGUGUUUAAGAAUACACUGAUUGUAGAUUCUGAACCAAUUAAUUUCAAUAAAUUGUCUAAUUGAUUCCAUAGAACUUUCAUAUAAAUCUCAUGUGAGAUUGAUCAACCAUUUUAGAGUUUAAAGAAAUGUCACAGGUUUUACACAACACAAUGUUUUUCCUAGAACUUUCCAAUAUAAUGUAUUUUCCAUGUAAAUGUAUUACAACCUCAAAAAUAAACCUGUAUUUUGUGAA